AUGAAGCAGUUGCAUGGGGAAUCUAUCGACCAGUUUACAACAAGAUUACGCCAGAAAGCUAAGAAUUGUGAAUUUUCGGACAUUGACUCAGAAAUUAAAAGCCAGAUCAUACAGGGUGUUAUUUCACAAAACAUGAGAAUGCAGUGUUUACAAGAUCCGGAUAAAUCACUUAAUGACUUACUUACAAAAAUGAGAACCAUGGAAAUAUCAAAAACUCAAGCAGCAAAUAUGUCAAAGGAUACACGUAGUCAGCAAGUAGUGCGAAUAAAAAGCAAUCCUCGAUUUAGCCGUCAAUCAAAGGGAUUCGCACCUAAACGUUAUCAGCAACGUUCAUAUCAAACUAUCCCAGAAGCAAGUUCGUCGUCGGGAAGGCGAAACUACCCUCCAGAACGAAAUAAAAAAUGCCGAAAUUGUGGAGGAAAGUAUCCCCAUAUGUCACGUUGUCCUGCUAUCGGAGCAGAAUGUAACUACUGUCAUAAGAAGAAUCAUUUCAUAUCGGUCUGCAGAAAACGUCAAAACAAAGUGAAAUUAAUCGAUGAUAACCAGUCGGAUUCACAAGUUUUAGCAGAGGCAAGCACGCCGAGUACCAGUUCAAAUGAGCGCGAUGUGUUAUUUGGAUUUAAGAUAUCAGAUGGAAAAAAAGUGCCAAAGAAAUGCAUUAAAUUAAAUGGCGUAGAUGUUAAGGUGUUGAUAGAUAGCGGUUCAUCGUUAAAUAUUAUUCGCGAAAUCGACCUCGAGAAAAUGAAAAUUCGUCCAGAAAUCAAGAAAACGAAAACAAAAGCAUUCGCAUUCGGGCAGAAAUCUCCACUUCCAUUCAUAGGCAAAUGUUCCCUGCUUGUGGAGUCGGACUCAAAAUUUAUGACAAAAGAUUUCCAUAUCGUUAAAGGCAACAAAGAAUCAUUGAUCAGUUAUGAAGUAUCGGUAGAGCUUGGGAUUUUACCGCAAAUACAAUCAGUUCAUAAAUCAGUUCAUAACAAAGACGCAUAUUCAGGACUUAUUGAAGAAUAUUCUCAAGUUUUCACAGGCUUAGGAUGUUUGAAAGACAGAAAAGUUAAGUUUCAUAUUGAUGAGAGUGUUGUACCUGUAGCUCAACCGCCUAGGAGAGUUCCAUUUCAUGUACGUGCGCAAGUCGAAAAGGAACUGAAAAGUUUAGAGGAAAUGGAUGUCAUUGAAAAGGUUAUAGGUUUACCGACACCAUGGGUUUCGAACUUAGUAGCGGCUCCGAAACCUAAUGCUCCGCACGAAGUGAGAGUGUGCGUGGAUAUGAGAAAAGCUAACACCGCAAUCAAAACAGAGAAAAAUGUUUGCCCGACGGUAGAUGAUAUCAUCUUGACGUUAAACGGCGCAACGGUAUUUUCACGUCUAGAUCUGUACAAAGCUUUCCAUCAAAUUGAAUUGGAUGAAGCAUCACGUGUAAUGACAACGUUUCAGACACAUAUUGGACUGUUUCGGUAUAAACGUCUAAAUUUCGGGGUGUCCGCAGCACCGAUAAUUUUCCAAAACGAGCUUCGUCAAGCACUUCAAGGUCUUAAAGGCAUAUUGAAUAUUGCCGACGACAUCGUAUGUUUCGGUAAGACACAUGAGGAACACGAUGCUAAUCUUCGCGCUUUACUGCAACGUAUUCAAGAUCGAAACCUCACACUGAACAGCCAAAAAUGUUUAUUCGGACAAUCUAAAAUCAAGUUCUACGGAUACGUAUUUUCCGAAUCCGGAAUUUCACCCGAUCCUGACAAAGUAAAUGCAGUGAAAAAAAUGGACAGACCAAAAUCAAUAUCCGAAAUUCGUUCAUUUCUAGGUCUCACGAACUAUUUGUCUAAGUUCAUAGAUGGCUAUUCAAGCUUAACAGAACCAUUAAGACGACUUACACAUAAAGGUGUAAAAUUUGAAUGGACUGCCGACCAAGAAAAAUCGUUCACAUCAUUAAAAGAUACCUUAAUUAGUGAUAAGGUCAUGACAUAUUUCGAUCCUAGAAAGGAAACUGAACUCUGGGUCGACGGAAGUCCAGUUGGAUGCUCAGGAAUACUUAUUCAAAACGGCAAAAUAGUAUCAUAUGGAAGCAAAGCAUACAAUUCGGUUCAGACGCGAUAUUCUCAAACAGAAAGAGAAGCUUUGAGUGCUGUCAUCAUGAUUCAGCAUUUCCAUUUGUAUUUAUUCGGCAAGAAGUUUAAACUGAUAACAGAUCAUGCUGCACUUCAAUCAAUCUUCAACAAUAUCAAGACAAUACAGUCACCAAGAUUAGAACGUUGGCGUUUGAAGUUGACAACGUAUGAUUUCCAGACAGUUUAUAGACCAGGUAAAAUGAUGAUAUCAGAUUAUCUUUCCAGGCAUCCACAUGCAAGACACGAAACAAAUACAGUAGCCGAGCAGUAUAUCAGCUUUAUUACUGAUAACGCUUUGCCAGAUGCAUUGAAGCUGUCAGAUGUAGCAAAAGCUACCGAAACGGACUGUAUAUUAAGGUGUGUAAGAAAUGAGUUAGAACAAAAUGACUGGAAAACUCAAAAAUGCAAAUUAGAUGAAAGUUUUCGGUUAUACGAAAAUUUGAAUAAAAAUCAAGAACUUGCAGUUGCAUAUACGGAAGAUGGAUUUGUGUUUUUACGGGGUACAAAACUUUGCAUACCAGAAUGUCUGCAAAAACAAACUGUUAUGCUUUCGCAUGAAGGUCACCAAGGCCAAUCAAAAUGCAAAGGAUUAUUACGUGAAUAUUGCUGGUUUCCACAUAUGGAUAGAAUGGUGGACGAAAUGUGUAGAUCAUGCAUUGUAUGCCAAGCUGCAUCAACAAGAAUUAUUCCAGAUCCGAUCAAACCAACAUUACUACCACGAGAUGUGUUUUCUGAAGUCAGUUGUGACUUUUGUGGACCAUUUCCAGACGGUUACAUGUUACUAGUUGUUAUAUGUGACUACAGUAGAUUUCCAGUAGUUGAAAGAAUCAAAUCGACAGCCGCAGAUACAGUCAUACCGCGAUUAGAGGCGAUAUUCUCGAUAUUCGGAUAUCCAGAGGUAGUGAAAACGGACAAUGGACCUCCGUUUCAAAGUCGCGCAUUCAAAGAAUUUGCUGAUAAUUCGGGAUUCAAACAUAAACGAAUCACUCCAUUGCAUCCACAGGCCAAUACAAAAUUACCAAAAAUGACAUUUGACAACAAAAACACAGAUAUUCGAGACAGGGACAGUCUAUCAAAAGCGAAAAACAAAAUAUACGUUGAUAAGAAACGUCGAGCUCAGCCAAAUAAUUUGAAACUGGGAGAUCGUGUGCUAUUAAAACGGGAACAACGGAAUAAGUUUGAAACAGCGUUUGACCCUACCCCCGGAGUAAUCAUUGCUAUGAAAGGAUCUAUGCUGACAAUCAAACAUAAAGGAAAAGAAAUCACACGGGACGUUUCCAAAUUAAGAUAUGUUCAUGGAGAUCAAGAGCCGGUGCAGACGAAACCUGCAGAUGAUACAUCUUUACCUAGAAAUAGGCCGCAGAGGAAACGCCGACCGCCGAGACGUUAUGAAGAUUAA